CAGCUUUGUGCAGCGCUCCUGGAAUUCCGAGAGGUCGGUUGGGUUAAGCCCGGCACACAACGCAGGUCCUGGCACCUUGCAGAGCCCUGGGGAUGCGAGUGGCACACCGGCACUCCCGGGCCCGCGGGUUCGCAGAGCCGGGCAGACACCACGCGAAGGGAGCGGGAGGCGGGGCCGGCGCUCCAGGCCUUGUCCGUCCUCCUGCUCCUUCCGGGGACGCCGGGAUCCCCCGCGGCUCGCGGAGGCCGCGGCGGAACGGAAAAGGGCCAUUGCCUCUUUAAGUGACUCAGGAAGUGAAAGGGGCCGCCUGGCCGCGAAGGGAAAGUGGAACCGGGGCGGCGGGGCCAGGAUCUGGCCGAGGCGGCUGAGGCCAAGGAGCCGCGGCCGCCGAGACUGCGCGGGUGGGGGGCGCCGCGCGGGGGCGUCCGCACCGGAAGUGCGCGGCGGGAGGACGCGGGCGCCGCACGGAGCAGCCCGAGCCGUGCGAGGGCCCGCGCUCCGGGCCAGCAGGGUGCGCCGCGGCCGCAGGCCUCCCGCGCUCUGAGACGCGGCGCGGCCCAGCCCGGGGGCGACCCCCGCGGAAAGGGCCCCGGAACGCAGGCGGUGGACGCGGGGAGGCCGCGGCGCCGAGGGACGGCAGAGGAGCUCGCGGGCCCCGAGGCCUCGACCGUGGAGUCCGGGCCUCCACAUGGCCGGCGGAGUGGGCGCGGCCUUCGAGGAGCUGCCUCAUGACGGCACGUGUGACGAGUGCGAGCCUGACGAGGCGCCGGCCGCGGCCGAGGAGGUGUGCCGGGAAUGCGGCUUCUGCUACUGCCGCCGCCACGCCGAGGCGCACAGGCACAAGUUCCUCAGUCACCACCUGGCCCAGUACGUCCAUGGCGCCCAAGUCUGGACCUCGCGGGCACCCGUCGAUGGGCAGGGGAAGGACGACCCGGGAGCCAUAGGUGCCAAAGCGGAGCCGGAGGGGGAGGAGGAGAGCGAGUCCCAGGACGACAGCAGCGAGUCGGAAGAGGAGAGCGAGAUGGAGGAGGAGAGUGAGGAGGAAAGCGAGGAAGAGAGCGAAGAAGACAGUGAGGACGACAUGGAAGAUGAGCCGGAAAGCGAGGCCGAGGAGGACAACCAAGACGGAGAAUCCGAGGCGGAAGGAGAAACUGAGGCAGAGAGCGAAUUUGACCCAGAAAUAGAAAUGGAGGCGGAGAGAGUGGCCAAGAGGAAAUGUCCGGACCAUGGGCUCGAUUUGAGCACUUACUGCCAGGAGGAUAGGCAGCUCAUCUGCGUGCUGUGUCCAGUCAUUGGGGCGCACCAGGGCCACCAGCUAUCCACCCUAGAUGAAGCCUUCGAAGAACUAAGAAGCAAAGACUCAGGUGGACUGAAGGCUGCUAUGAUAGAGUUGGUGGAAAGGUUAAAGUUCAAGAGCUCAGACCCUAAAGUAACUCGGGACCAGAUGAAGGUGUUUAUACAGCAGGAAUUUAAGAAAGUUCAGAAAGUGAUUGCCGACGAGGAGCAAAAGGCCCUUCAUCUAGUGGACAUCCAGGAAGCAAUGGCCACGGCUCAUGUGACUGAGAUUUUGGCAGACAUCCAAUCCCAUAUGGACAGGUUGAUGACUCAAAUGGCCCAGGCCAAGGAGCAACUUGAUACCUCCAAUGAAUCAGCUGAGCCAAAGGCAGAGGGCGAUGAGGAAGAACCCAGAUGCAUGUUGGCCUGGAUGCUGUGGGACAGCGUGCCACUUUAAUCUUACAUGAGAUAGUAUCAUUCAGUGGUACCAGUGAAGAAGAGGACACAUGAAGGCUGAGCAUCCCCCGUGGAAAACCACCCCGCCCCCUGUGUGUCCGUAACAGCGUGUGUGUCAUGGCAUCUGAUAUUGUGAAAGCUGCCCAGCAACCAAUGUCCUUCCUCAGAUAUGUCCCCAGAUCCACAGCAGGCACAUAGCUCUCCAAGAGACAGCCAGUCAUAUGCUUAUUGAGUGUGUGUGUCUCAUGUUCUUGUUGUGGUAGGUUAAAGAGCAUCUUUGAUCAACUGGGAAAUUAAGAAGGGUCCAUUGCAUACCUCCUCUAUGGCUGCUUUGAACUUACUCAGGAAAGUCAGUCCCAGUAAUAUUACAGAAGUCAAUAAUAUCACUUCAUCAGGAAGAAUUAAAUAUUUGGAAGAGAAGUCAGAGUUUUUGCCUGCCUAUAAACAAAAACUCUACCUUGUUCAUACUGAAGCAUGAAACAAAUGAGGGCCAAUUAGGGCUGAACUGUCUCGUGUAGACAGUCUCUCAUAGUUCAUUUCUAUCUUUGUGAAAACAGUUACCAUGAAGCAGGAUUAGUGACCUGAAUAGGGGGUUGGAGAAAGAGUUAAAAGGUAAAAUGAUAGAUAUUUUUAGUAUUUGAAGUUAUCCAGGACUUCAGAUCCAUAAUUCAGUGCUGUGGAAAUGAAAAAGAUGAUUGACGAGGUGGAAAGGAAAUGACCUUAGGGGAAAAAGAAAGACGAAGUGGACCAAAGAAUCUGAAAUCUAUAUUUCUGGAUUCAAAUUACCCGAGCUUCUAAAUAGUAGAAAGGAUCUGACAAAACUUUAAUUAUUUGGAUGAACUGUUCAGGUUUUAUGGGCUUGUUAUAACAUGAAAUACUGGAAUGUACAUUGCCAAAUGAAAAUUUUUACUGUAGAUUUUGCCAGUCUCACUCCCAGGUUAGCCUUAUACAGCUUAUAUUCAGUGUGGGAGAAUUCUUGCCACUCUAUGGCUUGAUGAAUUCAGCUUCGUUUCCCAGAAGAUAGCUCCUCUCACUCCAGCUGAAAUCCUCCUUUCCUUGGCAUUCCUCACUCAUAGGUCUUCAAAUUAUCUCCCACACUGUAGCUCUCCGCUUAAGUAGCAUGAGCAGAUACAUCCCUGGAGCUUGGUUUCCAGGCCUUUCUUCACUCCCAAACCACAGUUCCUUACAACCAACCUAUUACCCUUAAGGAGGCAUUAAUGUGCUAGGGGGUAUGCAAAAUUCCAAAUUCAAAAGCAUACAAUUUGCUAAAAAUCAGUUUUCUUAACAAAUUGUUUAAAAUUAGGGGCCAACCUUUUUAUGUAAAGCAAAACUAACUAUAUUACAGAAUAUCAUAUUCAUACACAUCAACUGUUGAACUAAAUCGGAAGUCUUGUAAGGUAUUUCUUAUUUGCAGAUAAGCUAUACAUUUCCUCUUUCCUGUUUAGUUGUGUUUCUGAGAAGUACAAUCUGCCACAUCCAAGAAGGCUUGGGAUUACUGCUAACCAAGGGCCUAGACUUCCAACUCUUCUGAGACAGAACCAAGGAGCCUGUUUGGAGGAAAUUCCUCUUUUCCUGCCCCCCUCCCCCACUCGCCUGCCUGUAUCUGUGUACUUAUCACAGAAUUUCAGGACCAGCUGUUAAUAUGUAUAUACAGGAUAGUUUUGCAGCAGAAACCACACUUCCUUACUGUAGGAAUCCUAUUUAUUAUAUCAUUGUUCAACUCUGUGCAUGCUAUGAAAUGACUUAUUCCUUUGAGGCCAGGAAGCUAUUGAGCAUAUAUGUUUAUGGGUUCAGAUUACCCUUGUUCACUACAAGAGAAGGAAUAUUGGGAUUGAGAGGAGUUUGAGGUGUUGAAGAAAUGUUUCUUUCUCAAACUGAUGUCCAACAAGUGGCUAAGACACUUUUGGUGCUUUACCUACCUAUCUGCAAAACUGGACAAUUUAGUAUACCACAAGUUAAAAUCUCUAUCUAUACUCAGCAGAACUACUCUAAAUGAAGGACCAACAGCCAUUCUUCAAAGAAUUUAAAAUAUCAGAAGACUACAAUGACUUUUGUAUUUCUUUGCCCAGUAAUCACUGUUUGAUCUUCAAAUGGUAACUUUGUAUUAGCAGUGGACAUAUCAUUGGCUUUCCAUAUCUGAUCACACAUUUUUACUUUAAGUCAGUAUUUGAAAGAUCUAAGCAUUUAUGCAGCAGAUAUAAACAGAUAUAAAAAUAUGUGCUGUCCUGUCUCAGUGAACUAUCAUGAUUGUAAUCCUCAAAGAAAGCACUUUCUACCUAGGUUUGCUUUUAUAGGCUCCUGCUAUCUUGAGCACCUGAUAAAACUUUAACCAGGAAAGCAUUAAGCACAGCACAGCAGCUUCUGCCCAGGCUCCUCGGUUCUUGCUGGCAGCAUUUAUUCAUCAAUGUAAGAACCAAGACACUUCCUCCAGUGGCACCAGCUUCCCCGCAAAGCUGAAACUCACUGCUUGGCCUUAAGCCCCAGUGUGAUGAAGCUUUCCUCCUGCUAGGUCAGUAAAAGAUAGGAGUGCUCAGAAUUGUGUCCUUGACUGACCAUAGGCAGCAGGGUUUGUAGAAAUCCCUAGAACAGUGGUAGUGAACCUACGGCAAGCGUGCCACAGCCAGCUGUUUCUUAUCGUUGAAAGCUCUAAAAGGUUCACCAUCACACCCUGGGGGAAGUCAUCAAGGCAUGCAGAUAAUGGAUGUAUCCCGAAUGAAUCUGGUACUCAGCAGAUUCCUGGCUCCCUUCCAAGUGUUAGACUUUAUAUGGUGAAAGGGGUGUGUCCUUUGAUUUGAUAUUAUUAAAUCCAGGACAAUCCCAAGAAGUACUUAAAGUCUUAGCUCUGAUAGCUCAGAAAGAGAAAUAACUUUUAUUGAGGAUCAGCUGUGCGCCACGCCUUAUGUUUCCAUUUGUUAAGUGAUAAAAACAGAUGCAGAGAGGAAGAGUCACUUGUCUAGAGUUGAAUAUGAGAAAAUAUUGGAGGCAGUUUGAAACCAGAUCUCCCUUCUAUGUGGAAAACCCUCUGCUCAGAUGAUGGUAUACCAGAAACACAAGUCUUAAGUUUCCCCCACUGCAGUCAGACCAUCCAUUUUUGAACAUCAGUCUGCCCUAGGAGUUGGAGAAACCUUUCUUUCUUGGUGCCAUCCCCCAUACAUAAGGUGUUUCUUGGCCUUCAAAAGUGAGAACUUCAAAAAUAGUAAAAGUGAAAGGCAUUCAGCUCUCUAACUUUAUUUUUAAAUAUCUGCUGCUUCUUGCCACAGAAAGGAAAUUUUCAUAUUUUAGUAAACACAGCCACCAGUUCUGGAUUCUGAAAGAUGUGCCAACUCAAAAUCCAUUAAAUGUGUUUCUCUCCUGUUGAUACCUGGGAUAUAUCUUUGUACCUAGAUGUAAAUGAUAAAUACGAUGUAUUUUUCUGUAUACACACUGUUUAAGAAAUAAGAGAAGCUCUGAGCAGCCCCUCAUUAUCUUGCAUAUCACCGCAAAGAAUUCUUCCAGCCUGAUUACAAGUGCCACCAGAUAAUUGGACCCUGUGUGCUUGAAGAGUUACUCCCUGGCAGAGCUUGUCAGCUCCUAAAGCACUGAACCAAGGUAACAGCCUUGAAGGAAAUUGCACUCCAGUCCUUUUCCAAGAUGGCUAAUGACAUGAGAAACUUACAUACCCAGCCAUUUUGGUGACCUAGGUCAUUUUGGUCACUGUGGUUGGGCCUGAGGGCACAACUGUAUAAUUCAUAACCUUGUAGUGGCAGAGUUUAGGAAGUCCUCACCCCUCACCUGGAAAAUACCCUCCUCCGAUUCUUAAAAUUCCACUGUCACAUAAUAGCUCUUCAGUAUGUUUCUCAAUAAGAAAAUCAGUUGCGUGUUUACUGUGUACUGAACACAUCCAGAUUUUUCUGUUUAAAAAACAAAUGCAUUAUGGAUCAAAUCCAGCUCAGCCCUAAGAGAAAAAGAAAACCUUUAGGGGAGACUCCAGAUCUCACAAUAUGGCUUUGAUCCAGCAAUGUUUCUGAAGCCCCCAUCCCCAGUUUUUUCCAGGAGCCGUUAAGACCCAUCCUUUCCUAGGACACUGGACCUGUCUGGUAAGACAGUGUCAUCCAGAAUGGAGAGCAAACCAGAAACAACAGAACAAGGGCCAAAGCAGGAAAAUGAAAGUGAAGGAGCACACGUGAGUACUUGGGCAAAACCACAAAGCCCAUGUUGGGCUGCACAGGGCCUCAAGGGCACAGCAGCUUUAUUCUGAGCAGCCUUUUUACAGUGACAGGCCACGCUGCACUAGCAGGUAGAACCCGUGAGCCAUUGUCCUCUCCAUGUUUGCCUGUGCGUAGCCCCAUUCCCCUAGUCAUCUUUACCCUUUAUGUAAGGGAACACUCAUUCUCUAUCAAGGGAAUUACACUUGGAGUUAAUGUUUCAGUAUAUCAUUUUCAUACUGUAAAUUAUUUUGUAAGAGAAAUUUACUGCUAUCCCAGGAUGUUUGGAUUUGGCACCCCUGUGCAUUUGGAAAUCAAUAAACCAUUACUGGAAAUACAA